AUCGGGGACGAGGGCCAGCGAGACCGCCGAGCACAAGACUCGCUCUCGACCCUUGCUCGAUCAAGACUCCAGGCUCCACUGCGGCCACGGACCGACCAGCCGACAGACCAGCCGACCGAUCAAUCGACCGUCCGCCGGAUCACCACCGGAUCACCACCGCAUCGCCAUGGCCUCCAAGAUCUCAAAGGUCGUCAGCGUGCUCCCGUCCGCCACCGAGAUGCUGUGUCUCAUCGGCGGCGAGCGGCUUAUGGUCGGCCGCUCGCAUGAGGACGACUAUCCUGCCUCCAUCACGCAUCUCCCGAUCCUCACCGGCCAAAAGACCUCCUUCACCUCGUCCAAGGAGGUUGACGAGCAGGUCAAGGAGUUUCUGUCGCAAGGCCAGUCGCUCUAUACCUUGAACGUCGAUCUGCUCAAGCAACUCCAUCCGCAAGUCAUCCUCACCCAAGAUCUCUGCAACGUCUGCGCCAUCGACCUUGUCACUGUCCAGCGGGUGGCCAAAUCGCUAAGUCCAUCGCCACAGGUCGUCACUCUCAACCCCUUCAGUCUGCAAGAUGUCCUCGACAACAUCCUGGAAGUCGGCAAGGCCUGUGACUUGUUGGACAACGCACAGGAGGCCGUCGCCAAGCUCGACGCCCGAGCCACUCGGGCCAGAGAGCUCGCUGCCAAGUUUCUGCAAGAGUCGGGCGGUGUGCGAAGGAACGUCGCCUUCAUCGAAUGGACCGAUCCAAUCUAUAUGGGCGGUCAUUGGACGCCUCAGUUGAUUCAUUGGGCUGGUGCAGCGCAUCCGCUGAGCCCACCAAAAGACGAUAACAAUGGCUCAGGCCCGUCGUUUGGUAUGGAGUUUGAAACCCUGUCCAGUUCCCAGCCCGAGAUCGUCAUCAUUGCCCCGUGCGGACUGGACCUGGCGGCGACUCGCAAGGAGGCCCAGAUCCUGUCCAAGUCAGACUGGUGGAAGGCCAUCAUGGUCAAAAAGCCCAAGAUUGCUCUGGUGGACGGCAACCAGAUGUUCAAUCGGCCCGGGCCCCGACUCGUUGAUGCUCUGGAGUGGCUUGUUGGGUUCUUCUGGGACCGGCCUGACUUGAUACCGCCCGACUUUCCGUGGGAAAAGUGGGACGGCGAGACAUUCUAGGCGAGACAUUCUAGGAUGGCAAUUCUUGUCUGUGACACUUCCCGCAUUCCCACCGGAGGUCCUGGUACACUCAGCCCAAGCUCAAGCUGUAUGUAUAUCCACGGAUCCGUCAGCUCCUCCACAGAAUGAAGAGCCAAGAAUACAAAUGCACUUUGCUAAAGCAUGUUUACCGGAUUGCUCAGAACA